AUGCAUAUAGAAGUCCUAGCACUGAUUCCAGAGUUCCAUUGCAAUAUCCUAGACAACCUUCAAGAAGACGAUCAGAUGAUAGGGAAGAACAACCCCCGACAGGAUAUCCAAGAGGAAACUACGACCAAAAUUCAGAUUCUUCUACUGAUGUACCAUCAGGAACAAGGGUUCACACUAGAUUUCCAAAAAGACCGUCAGAUUUCCCUGACAUUUUUUUCAAGGGUAAAUAGUAGAUGGUGGCCUCAUGGUGAACCGUUUGAAAGUGGAUUUCCAAGGAUAAAUAUUGGCGAAUUUCCAGACUUUGGUGGUGGUUUUCCAAGGGGAUUUCCAAGAAGACCACCAUGCUGUAAGUCAAAUUCUUCAUCUGAGAAACCCCCUGCAGGUGAACCUGGUGAUGACACAGAUUUUGGAGGACUAUUUCCAGAUGAAUUUCCUGGAAUACAGCCAGGAGAUUUUCCAGGAAUGAUUCCAAGAACUCCAGGAGGUAGACCUGGAGAUGAAUUCGAUCCAGAAUCAUGGUUUGAAAGAUUCCCAAAAAUACAUCUUGGAGAUUUCCCUGAUUUCUUUCCCAAAGGAUUUCCAAGAAUACCAGAUUUUGAACCUAGCUUUCCUUCUGAUCAAUCGCCAAGAAGACCAAACUAUGGACCUAAUUACCCUACUGAAGAAACACCAAGACAGCCCAAUUAUGGACCUAAUUACCCUACUGAAGAAACACCAAGACAACCAGAUAUUGGACCUAACUAUCCUCCUGAGCAACCACCAAGACAACCCAAUUAUGGACCUAAUUACCCUACUGAAGAAACACCAAGACAACCAGAUAAUGGACCUAAUUAUCCACCUGAACAAUCACCAAGACAACCCAAUUAUGGACCUAAUUUCCCUACAGAAGAAACACAAAGACAACCAGAUUAUGGACCAAAGACAGGUCCUAAUGAUAUGUCAACAUGA